UUCGUAGCGCGUUGCGUGCAUUGUAUAUCUUUUAAGCGUGUAACAGCUGUCCAGCGUUUUUUUUCAGACCCGCAGCGCUCACAUACACAUACAUACAUAUACAAAGUAGUAUAUAUGUGUGCGUGUGUUUGCUGCGCUCAGAUAAAACAUUUGAAAACUGACUCAACUCAAGUCGACUGAGCUAACACCACCACCAACAAUACCAAGAGAUUUGCCAGCUUAACAGCCAAAGCGAGCGGUUUGCGAGCGGGGAGCUAACCAGCCGCUUGUCAGUACAGUAGAGUAAUUUGAGCUGCUGGAACGUACAUACGUGUAGCGCGCGCUUGCAACGGGUCUACGGGGCAGGUUUCUCGCAAACAUUCUUUUUUUUUUGGUGGUGUACUUUUGGGGUCCAACUCGCUAAAACGGUAAUACGCGAACGUGAAAAAAUACGCAACGAGUGUUGGAAAACGGUAUUUCGAAAAGAGUUUUUGAACGCAUUCAUUUUUAAACUCGUGCAAAACGGGUUUAGUUAAAAAUAUAAAUAAUAAAAAAAAUUAUAAAUUAAUAUAUUUUUUUUUAAAUUCGUCACGCAAAAUUAAUUAAAAAUUCAUUCCAAAAAAUAAAAAAAAAAUUCUAAAUAAAAAAAUAUUUUUUAGUGCCAAUAGCAUUAGUGAAACGCAAAAGUUAGUGAAUUUCGGUUAGAAAAAGAAUGCCAAACUGGUUAUUACACACAGAAAGAAUGCUGACACAACUGGCGGACUUUGUGUAUUGUUCAAUAAGAAAUCAAUACCAAUACAACAAUAAGUGAACAACAACAAUAUAACAGAAAAGAAACAACAACAACAUUAAAGAAAAGAAACAACAACAUUACAGCAAAACAAAAACGCCAGCUAAGCUAGAACAACAAUAAUAACAACAGCAACCAGCGUAGACAAGGCAGACGUACAAAAAUAAAAGCAAAGCAGCAAAGUAAACGACGUGUAUCGUUACGAAAACCGGACCUGAAGCGACUGACAUUCCAUUGGUGACAGAGGCUAUGUAUUUUUUUAACAGCUAAAAAAUUUAUAAAAAAGUAUUGAAAAAAAAGUAUAUAUAAAUAAAAUAUCGAAAAAAUAUAUAAAAAAAAAACAAAUACUAAAAAAUGAAAAUUAAAAAGCAGAACUAAAAAUUAUGCAAAGUCGCGGAUUAGUAAUUUUCAAAUAUAAAACAAAAGUGAAACCUAUAGCUGAUUAUUAAACAAAUUAUAUACAACAAAUUAUAUACAACAAAAAAUACAUAGUUACCACAACAACAUUAGCAUACUAGUUUCAACUUCAUGCUAGGAAAUAUUUUUUUUUCAACCAAACAAUAAAAAUAAACAGAAAGUGCAUAAAUUAGAUUUGCAAAUUUAUUAAAAUAACAACAACAAAAAAAUCCAGUGGUUAAAAAGCAACAAACAACAAGUGGAUAUGAGACACAUGGAUAUGCAAGAACACAGCCGCUGUUGCCCAUAAACGUUUUAGCCUUCAAGAACAACCCACACACACAAAAAAGACAACAAAAAAGGAACGAAAACAACAACACGCCUAAUUGAUAUUAUAUUACUCAAUAACUUAUGGACAAUCAAUUAACGACAAUUUAAUAAAACCAUAAGCGGCGGUUAAUUGCAAAAAAUACCAGCAGAAGAAGAAGAAGCAGAAGAGCAAGCAGAAACACAAACAAACAUACUCACGUAUAAAUUUCGAAGUAAAAGUAAAGAAAUUUACAACAAUUUGUGAUACGAAGGUGUGAGCGCAGCAGCUUUAUCAGCAAAAUUAAUUAAAGAGAUUUCACACACUCAAGCAACAACAACAACAGUAAUAAGAACGACGCUUGCGAACAGCAUUGGAGAAAUUUCAAAUAAUAACGGUCAAGCGUGUGUUUGCAACCCCCGAGCAGCGCACUCGCAUAGCUUUUGAACAAGUGAGCGCGUCAAGGCGGAAAGGACAGCAGUCGCCAGGGCGGCAAGAAACCAGGAAGGAAGGAAGGAAGUACGACAGCCAGCAAACACAGUCGACAGUCGAAAAGUAGUCGCAGCAGACAGCGCACAAUUUAAUUUCACUAUGGGAAAUUCAUCGUCACACACACACGAACCGCUGGAGCGCGGCUUCACACGCGGAAAAUUUGGUGAUGUCAAAAAUGGGAAAUCCGCAUCAUUUCGCUUUAGCAAGAAAUCACCAAAGAAAAUGGAUCGUUUGCGUCGAUCCUUUCGCGAUUCGUUUCGUCGUCGGAAGGACCGUGUGCCCGAAUCAUCGAAACCGCAUCAAUGGCAGGCUGACGAGGAGGCUGUACGUUCGGCGACCUGUUCGUUUGCGGUUAAAUAUUUGGGUUGCGUUGAGGUAUUCGAAUCGCGCGGUAUGCAAGUUUGCGAGGAGGCCCUAAAAGUAUUGAGGAAUUCGCGCCGCCGACCCAUACGUGGUGUGCUGCACGUUAGCGGCGAUGGACUGCGCGUCGUGGACGAUGAGACGAAGGGCCUCAUUGUCGAUCAGACUAUCGAGAAAGUGAGCUUCUGUGCGCCAGAUCGUAACCACGAGCGCGGCUUCAGUUACAUUUGUCGCGAUGGCACAACACGUCGUUGGAUGUGUCACGGCUUCCUCGCCUGCAAAGAGCUCGGCGAGCGGCUCUCACAUGCCGUCGGUUGUGCAUUUGCCGUCUGUUUGGAACGUAAGCAGCGACGUGAUAAGGAAUGUGGCGUCACAAUGACAUUCGAUGUGAAGAAUUCGACAUUUACGCGUACGGGUUCGUUCCGUCAGCAAACGUUAACCGAACGUUUGGCGCAAGGUGAGACGCCAUCCGCUGCUGUGCCACCACAGCCCAAACCAUACAAUCCGUUCGCCAUCGAACGGCCACAUGCUACACCGUCGAUGUUGGAGCGUCAGGGCUCGUUUCGUGCAUUCAGCACCAUUGGCAGUCAAUCGCCGUUCAAACGGCAGAUGUCAUUACGCAUCAACGAUCUUCCGUCCAAUACCGAACGGCAGAAGGCAUUUUUGGCAGCUGCCAAUGGCGGUUCACUAGCCGCAGCGUUAGCUACACCCAAUCGUAGUGUUUCGCCAAUACCAGAGAUCUCACCAGCUAAAAUGGGCAUUGCAGAUAUGGAUAAUGGUUGUGCCACCAUCGACACCGUUAGCCAGCUGUGUCAGGAGCUCAGUCAGGGUCUUUCGUUGCUCAGUCAAACCGAUGCAAUGAUUGCGGCUGGCGAUGAUCUCAAUUUCAAUAAUAAUUUGAGCAUUAAUCAGAAUAUCAUUGCGGCCGAGAAGACGCAACAACAACAGAAGGGAAUCUCUACACCAACAUCAUUGCCGUUAGCUAGUAGUAGCAGUCAUAGCAUUACCACUGCUGCUGCUGUCAGUAGAGUUUAUGAAUAUGCUGAGGGUGCAGUGAGCAAUAAUUCUAUUGCUAGUGGUGCGGUCACCACCAUCACCACCACACCAACGGCACAAAUAGCGCCACGCAUUUCGUCGGUAUCACCAGUAUCUACCACAUCGCCAGUACGUACACCAACAACACCAACGUUAACAAUGACACCACCGCCACCAUUGCCAGCUGGUCGCCCCGUAGAGAUGGUGGCACCACUGCCCAAUGCAGAUCAAUGGCUAGGCGAGGUGGUGAAGAAGACCUCGCCGGCAGUUAUUAAACGUGCAACACGUAUGCUCAACUCAACCGGUCGUACGCAAUCGAUGAGCGCUGCAUCACCAUUAGGUGUGGAUCCCUUCGAUGCCGAAUGGGUGGCCGGCGUGACCAAGCCACUGUCACCCGAUCUACCUGUGGCAGCGACAACGCCAGUGGCGUCUGCAGUUACGCCCGUCGCUAGCAGUACAGCUGCACCAAUACACCACAGUACCAAUCCAUUUAUAUCACCGCCGAAGGUACCGGCGCAAACAUUCCAGGUGCAGCUGUAGAUGCAGUAGACGAGGUGUACAAGCCUCGUGCUAGUAGUUGAUGAUAUCAGUGAGAUAGCACAUGUGUUCGAUCUGUGUAAUUCAUGGGGUCGAUUAGCAACUCAAAUAGUGUUAGGUGUGCAGUGAGUUUGCAAAAAUGGUAUUGGUCGCUAGAGAAAUGUUGUUGUUAAAGCAAAAUGAUUACGAGGCGAGUAAAGAAUGUAAAAAGAUUUCAGUAAAGGAAUUACAUGCACUGCCAAUAAUUGUUUAAUGCAAAAGUAACCAUUAUUUUUUUUUUAACUUCAGAGUUAGCGCUGAACUACUUUAAAAGUAACUAGUUGUUUUUGGACCAGUUGCGAAAUUUUGAGAGAAUACUAAAAUUUCAUUUUUAAAUAAAUUAUAUGAUGAAUAUAUAACAAAAUUACAUAAACUACACUAGUUACUUUUGGACCAGUUGCAAAAUUUUGAGAAAGUACUACAAUUUCAAUUGUAAAUAAAUUAUGAGAUGAAUAUAUUACAAAACUACGAAAAUGACAGUAGUUACUUUUGGACCAGUUUAUUUUUUUUUUACAAAAGUUACAAAUAAUUUUGAAAUUUCUGAAGAAUCAUGCCAUUUAAUUUCGGAAAUCAAACAUUUUGCCAAUUUUUGCUAACUGUAAUUAUUUUUAGCAACUGUAAAUAUUUAAAAAUUUAGGUUAAAUUUUAUUAUAAAAAUUAUCAUUCAAUUAGUUAAAAUGCAAUUAACAUGUACUUAUUGUGCAUGAUUGUAAAUAAUAUGCCAAGCUUUUAAUGUAAUUUUUACGAUAUCAGACAUGCCGUAAUAUUUUAUAAAUGAAGUAAAAGGAACUGGUUGGUUUUGGACUAUAUACAGAACUAGUAUUCAUUGAAAAAAAUUAUUCGAAUUUGCUAAAUAUGUAAAAAUAUAUAUUAAGUGGAUAUGUGUUUACUAGUUACUUUAAAACUAGUUUGCGAGCUAGUUUUUUAUCCGCUGAUACAUUUUUUUUACUAUUUUUUUUAUAUAAAACAGGAAUUAUUUCACAUGUUUUUUUUAAUUAAUAAAUAUUUUAAAAUUUAUUUCAAUAUAAACAAAACUUUCAUUAUUUACAUUUAAACUAUAUACAUAUUGUAUGUAUGUAGUUGUGGUGUAGUUCAUUUACUGCUAGUUGGUAUUUUCAAGCGUUGAAUACUUGCUAAUAUAAAACGCCGUUCAAUUUAAAAAAUUUAUAAAUUAUUGCAACUUUAAUUUAAAACAAAAAAUCAGUAAAAAGCAACUAGUUAUUUUUAGACCAGUUAUGUUACUAGUUGCUUUUUUAUUUUUUGGCAGUGUAUAUAAUUUUAAAAAUUUACAAAUAUAAACUGUUACAACAAUAAUUCAAAUUUUAAAAUAUUCGACUAGUUAUUUUUGGACCAGUUCUGUUACUAGUUACUUUUUAUUUAUUUCUUAUAUUUUUUUGCAGUGCGUGUAAUUCCGAACUAACAAGAAGGCAGGUUUGCUUUUUAAACUCAAAAUUUUUGUAAGAACCAGCGAGCAACUACAUGAAAUGCAUACAUAAAGUUUCCAUGUAUGUAUGUAAAUUACAUAUUUGAGUUGCUAUAAAUUUUACUGCAGAUUAGAUGAAGAGAUAAACAAUGUUAUUGUAUUAACUACAGCUAAAUUAUUAAUGUUAAAUGUACGAGUACUUAAAUAGUUUAUAAAUGAAUUAACACUUAAACGCUGAGCAGCUAAAACAGAAUUACUCAAAGUAAUCGGCGAAACAGAACAUAUACUUACUUAAUUAUAUAAAAGAAAUAUAUAAUUAUAUAAAAAAGUAUAUAAUUAUGUAAAGAAUAUAUAUAAAUAUAUAUAAUUUCAUUAAAAAUAAAAAAAAAAUUUAUGAAAAAAUUAAUGAACAAAUGCAAGAAAAAAAAUUUAAAAAAAAAAUUAAAAAAGCUGGGCAGCACGCCAAGUGAUAACCGAGACAGCAUAGUAAUGUGUAGAAAAAUAGUAUAGCGAAAGAAAUACAUAUGUAAAAGACGUUAGAUUAUGUAUUACAAAUAUGUACAUCUAAAAUAUCAACUAUCAAUUACAAGGCAGAAAUUAAUGAAAUUAAAAAAAAUAAAUAUAUUACUUAAUAAAAG